GUGCUUUCGCAUUAUUACAUAUCUGGCCUGGACCUCGUCAUUUUGCGAACAUUUGCUCGCUUUUCUGGGCACACUGCUGGCCUAUCUUUGAAGUUUUCAGCCAACUAUAGCGCAUUAGUGAAUUCACCUGGCCCUUUUACCGCUGCUGGUGAUGAAUACAUUGAUAGCUUUCGUGUCUGUCAUCGUUGGCGCCCUGCAUUAUUUUUACGUGUCUUCUCUGCAUGAAAACGAUCUCUUUUACUCACACCUUUCAAGCAGGGAGCGCGAGCUUACCUUUCGUACUGAAUCGGGAUUUUAUUACUCGUUUUUCAAGCAGCUAAUAACAGCACGCGCUUGGUUAGCGGGAUGGUACUCGCUUAUUCACGAUGCUCGAACGGAAGUUCCACGGUGCUUCAACGCCUCUGGAUUAGUAGGUAUGCACUACGCACACUUAAUGACCUUGACGCAAUCAGAUCCAAAAGUUCCAUGUCCGGACCUCAACUCAAUGCAACGCUUCAAUCUUUAUCCGGAAUUGAUUUUGGCCACAGUAUAUCGCAUACUACGGUCACAGGGACUUCUCUCUCAGGAAUGUUAUCGCGUCCAACGGGACGUUCCAAGUGGACCGAUCGCACUCGUUGUCAACCCACCGGUAUUUUUGGAGCACAUUCGCAACAGAUCCUCUCCCAUGGUUGCGUCACAAACGCUUGGCUUGGCAGAUAAAUCCGUGAUCAGCUGUGUUGGCUUAGGCGAACCGUCUUAUUUCUACAUCACUGGCGUAUUUGUACUGGCUGGCCUCAUGCUAUCCGCUUUGGCGUGGUCCGGUUGGUUCAUCGCUUCGAUCGAGUGGCCGUCCUCACAUCGUUCGCCUUUUCUUUCUGUCUGGGGCGCGAUUCUUCCGGUAAUGGCCUACUUUUUUAAUCAUCGUGAGGCCACUCGAGUGCAGUGGAUUCAACCCUUACGGGAGAAUUUCGCAUAUCCCUUCUUCACAAUUCAACAGGCAUGGAUGUUGCGAUUGCUCAUACAUCGUCUGCCUAACCAGAUAUCCUGGUUGGAUGCAACUGUUUAUUUCUGUCUGCUAUUGGGGUUUCAAUUGCCUUGGCAGUUUGCUCAGUUCGCCUUGGCUACCCAAGUCGCCGCGCUGUUUGCAGCCGUCUGCAUCAGCACGGUGUUUUGUUCCCAUGAACUUGCUCUUCAUUUGAUUCGACGUGUGCGUACGGUUGUGUGGGCCCACUUACUCGCAUUGCUCGCCAACUUCGUUUUACAAUUCGGCAACCGGUUACUUCUGACGUCUGGCUAUCCUGCGGGCCUUGCAGGAACCUUGUUCGGGAUUUGGAUUUUGACAAAGCAGCUUAAUCGGAAACCGGAUUCUAAGGUGACAGCCGCAGAUGAAACCUGUUUGGUUCAAGUCUUCGGUGUGUCAGUUUGCACAUGGCGCUUCAUCUUGUCGCCGCUGUUGGCUACCACCGGUUUCACCUUCUGUCCCGGUCUCUUGUUAACUCACCUUUUCUUUCCUACCGCGGAAGCCGAACACGACGGUGGGCACAUUGUGGAUUUGCUGCGUGAGAAAUUGCAACUUGGCGAUGGGUUUCGCACUUUUCACACCAGGCUAUAUACUUGUGCCGCAGAAUUCGACUUCAUUGGUUGGAAGGCGCUGGAGCAGCUUGUUUCAACAGGGCUUAUACCUGCGUCCAUUCUAUGCUGCUUAUGGGCACUUGGAUCUGCCUGUCACCGCAUCUUAGUUUCAAGCGCGAAGAGUCAUUACUCCCAUGAGCGAUCGAAAGCGUACGUAGAUUUCGUGUCCAUCUUUAUUGUUUUUCAGUUAUGCUGCUUCUCUCUGAUGGCCUUGCUUGUUAUGCGGCUGAAGUUGUUUUGGACUCCCCAACUGUGUCUGUCACUAGCGAUUUUGGCACAGCCUCGCAGAUGGGACCGUCUGGCUGCCACAUUGCGCGGAUGGCUAAAACUGGACAAGCGGAAAUCGUCUGGAAUACGCACGUAUCCGAAAUGGUUCGUUCAUAGUCUCCUUGCGUCUCUACUCGCCUAUAUGUCUGUUUCAGGAAGGAAGAACAUCCAGGCGGAAUGGGCGAUUCGUGGUCAGUUCAGUGCAUACAACGAUGAAGUUUUACAUAAUUGGUUUCAAAGUCUACCGCCACCACCCGCUCCUGAAGCCUACCAAAAGCCAUGGGUGAUUUCCGGUCCGAUGUCUACCAUGGGAUCCCUUCGGUUAAUGUUACCAGCGUCACCACCCUACCCAACAACGCAGCCGAGCUCCGAGCCCACAGGUACCACGGUCGGGUUUGCUUUUACCAACCACCCGCAUUAUGAGAGUGCAGAGCUGCGCAAACGGACCGUUCUCGCCUACUCCAUCUACAGCCGGAAACCUGUCGAAGAAAUUUGGAACAUUUACCGAUAUCAACUGCAAGCAGACUUUGUGAUAAUGGAUGCGCACAGCUGUCUUCCGCGCCAAGGAUGUAGCAAUCCGGAGCUGUACGACCUCAUGGAGCCACAUUUAAUUGGACGACCCGCCUUAUGUGAAGCACUGCUCGCUCCUGAGGUGAUCAAAAAUGGUGUAACGCCGAUCGGUUGGAAACGCUUUUUUGAUGUGGUUUAUGUGGAUUUGUUCACAGGGCAAGUAGUGCUCUAUGUUAAACGGACCUAAUUCACAUCGUUCUUCGAAAGUUCACCUCCUCUAAGCCGCGUUUCUUGUUUCAAUAUCGAUUUUGGAAAUACAACACUUAUUUGAUU